AUGAGUAUAUGUUAUGUGGCCAAAGGUUAUUUGGAUAUUCAUUUUUCAAUUGGAGGCUGGGAAUGGGAUGUUGUGGCAGCUCUCGUUAUUCUUGUUGAAUCGGGGGAUAACAUGGUUAAUGAUCACGGGUUCGAUGAAGGUUCAGUAGACAUUUUUGGUCGCAAAUAUAAGCAUUAG